GAUUUCCCCAACAAUUUUAAACCAAUCUCACAACCACCCCAUACACCGAAUGGCCAUAAUUACUCCAACAGUGACACCUUAUCAUCAUCAUCAUCAAUCCCAUCCAAAACCCACACACCCAUUACACCGACAACACCAGCCACCUCGAGCCCACCUAUUGAGCCACCUCACGACCCACACACACGCCCUUCACCGGCAGCUUCUACAUCUUCCAGUCAUGCACCACCUACCUGCCAUCUUGCACGUACCAGGAAGCCGCCAGCAUGGCAUGAUGAUUAUGAAGUAUGUCUUAAUACUGUGCGAAUAGUACCUUCCUCCGGCAGCUCCUCCACUUCACCGGUACCCGCAGCUGUACAGGACCCCAAGUGGCGUGCUGCCAUGCAGGCUGAAGUCGAUGCCUUAGAACGCACUGGCACAUGGACAGUGCAGUCCCUGCCACCUGGAAAACGGGCUAUAUAUUGCAAGUGGGUGUAUAAAAUUAAGUACAAAACUGACGGUUCUGUUGAUAGGUACAAGGCUCGGCUCGUUGUUUGUGGCAAUCGUCAGAUUCAUGGCAUAGAUUAUCAUGAUACUUUUGCACCUGUGGCUAAAAUGGUCACUGUUCGGACUAUCUUAGCAGUUGCAGCUUCACGUGAUUGUGUGGUCCACCAGAUGGACGUGGAUAAUGCAUUUUUGCAUGGUGAUCUUGGUGAGGAGGUAUACAUGCAUUUUCCUCCCGGUUAUUCUUCUUCUUCCCCUGGUCAGGUAUGUCGUUUGUUGAAAUCUCUUUAUGGGCUUCGUCAAGCUCCCCGUUGUUGGUUCUCUAAACUCACAUGUGCCCUCAAAGCUUAUGGGUUUCAUCAAUCACAAGCCGAUUACUCAUUGUUUACAUUUCGCCGACCGGGAAAAAUAUUAUGUAUUUUAAUUUAUGUGGAUGAUCUUCUUAUUACCGGUAAUGAUCCUGAUUUAAUUGUUGAAUUUAAAUCUUAUCUUUCGUCACGUUUUCCGGUCAAGGAUUUGGGGGUUAUGAAGUAUUUCCUUGGCCUCGAGGUUGCUAGAAAUCCGACAGGUAUAUUUUUGUGUCAACGAAAAUAUGUUCUGGACAUUCUUACCGAGACUGGGAUGCUUGGUGCUCGGCCUGCUUCUUUUCCCAUUGUACAAAAUCAUGGUCUACAAACUGUGGAGGGGCCUCUUUAUGAUAAUCCAGAUCAAUAUCGAAGGUUAGUUGGGAAGCUUAUUUAUCUCACCUUAACUCGACCCGAUAUUUGUUAUGCCGUACAUGUGUUAUCUCAGUUCAUGCAAAGUCCCCGGCAGGCUCAUUGGGACGCGGUGGUGCGUGUGUUACGCUAUCUCAAAGCCCAUCCGGGGCAAGGGAUUAUUCUCCGGCGCAAUUCUCCGCUUACUUUAUCUGGGUAUUGUGACUCUGACUGGGCCAGCUGUCCUAUCACGCGCCGCUCUGUUUCUGGGUAUUUUGUUCUUUUGGGUAAUUCUCCUAUUUCUUGGCGUACGAAGAAACAGAUCACAGUCUCUCGUUCCUCUGCUGAAGCAGAGUACCGUUCUAUGGCGUCACUUGGUUGUGAACUUAUUUGGCUCAAAAAUUUAUUGUCUUCUCUAGCCGUGGAUCAUUCUGAACCUAUUAAUCUUUUUUGUGACAAUCGGGCCGCCUUACAUAUUGCCUCUAAUCCAGUGUUUCAUGAGCGGACUAAACACAUUGAGAUAGACUGUCAUUUUAUUCGCCAUCAUGUACAGAACGGGACCAUUGUUACUGCUCAUCGCACUUCGUCAGAACAACUUGCAGACAUUUUCACCAAGGCUCUUGGACAAACACAGUUUCAAUAUUUAUUAUCCAAGAUGGGUCUUCGGGA